ACUUCGCACGAUCAGUAUACUUUCAGUAGUAGCGUUGAUCACAACUGUUCACAGCACAAAUUAUUCUUCGAAAGUGCAGCAUCGAUGGCGUCUGAUACAUUAAAAAAAAUACGUGCAUGGCUGGGCUUCGCUCUCUUAACGUUAUUUACACCGAUCAUUCUCUUCAUUUCGGUGUUGAUAUAUUUCUACGAUAAUUAUGUGAGAAGUAGAGUGUGCAAAAAUAUUGCCGGCGAAGUGGCUGUGGUCACCGGUGCAGCAGGUGGUCUCGGAAAAUGUAUAGCUGCCGAAUUAGCCGCUAAGGGAUGUCAUGUCGCUAUAUGUGAUAUCAAUUUCGAUUUGGCCGUGGCGACAGCAAAGGAAAUCGCCGAUAGAUAUGGCGUCAAGGCAAAAGCCUAUAAGGUGGACGUCACUAAUUACGAUGAGAUCGUGGAGCUCAAUGAGAAACUAACCACCGAAAUUGGGGCUGCCACUAUACUCGUGAAUAAUGCAGGGUUGCUGUUACAUUCAGAUCAACUGAAUCCCACAGUGGAAGAAAUUGAGUUGAUGGUUAAAGUCAAUUACUUGUCACAUUAUCUAACAAAUCGCGUGUUUCUGCCAAAUAUGAAAAAAGCCAAACGGGGCCAUAUUGUGGCUAUUAGCUCAGUGUCUGGUCUAGUCCUGCUGCCACUAGCUGAGCCAUAUUGCAGUGCCAAAACCGCUGUGCGCACCCUAAUGCGUGUCUUGCGCGCCGAGCUGCGUCUAAACAAUAUUACGGGCAUUGGCGUGACCACAGUGUUUCCCUCAUUUCUAAAAACUCACUCCAAAGUGGAAAAAUUAGCUCGAGAUAGCGGUUAUGCCGAAAUUUAUCCAUUGUUGAAUGGUGAAGAGGUGGCGCGAAGGACUGUGCGCGGUAUGCUGCGUGGUGAAGUGGAAAUCGCGAUGCCAGAAUUCUUUAUGUUCGGCUAUCGUUUUAUGACUAUUUUGCCGUCAUGUGUACAGGAUUUUUUGGCUUCUUCACCAUCAUUUGCUAAAUCUACUUACUUACGUACAGUGGCAGCAAUAAAAACAAAUUAAAUUUUUUUUCUUAUUUUAUAUAGUGAUAGUAAAUUUCUCAAAAUAAAGAGUUUAGUAUAAACAUUGUA